AUGCUUCUACCAUCCGCUCACCAUCUUUCCCUUCUCUUCAUCUUCUUCCUUCAUAACUUGCGGCCGUUUACGGCGGCAAGACCGGUGCCGGAGUUCCCGUUUUCAACUGUCAAUAACUUCUACAACUUCAAAUACUCAUUUGAUCCUACGUGGCAUGCAACGAAGAAGUACGUGUAUUUUCCCGGGAAACCUCGAUGGGCACGUAGCAUUCCGAUGAAGCUAACGUAUGGAUUCUCCCCCGACGAUUUGAUCCAUUACUUGAGUUUAUCAGAUAUAAGAAAAACCUUUAAACGAGCUUUCUCGAGGUGGGCAUCGGUAAUUCCAGUCAGCUUCGUGGAAGCAGAUGAUUAUGGGUUUGCGGAUAUAAAAAUAGGGUUCUACGUUGGUGAUCAUGGUGAUGGAGAGCCCUUUGAUGGGGUGCUAGGGAUCCUCGCCCACUCGUUUUCACCGGAGAGCGGGAAGCUUCAUCUCGAUGCGGCGGAGACGUGGGCGGUUGACUUCGGAGUGGAGAAAUCGGACGUAGCCGUUGAUUUGGAAUCGGUGGCGGUUCAUGAGAUCGGUCAUCUGCUAGGUUUAGCUCAUAGUCCGGUGAAAAGUGCUGUUAUGUAUCCGAGCUUGAAACCUAGAGAAAAGAAAGUUUAUUUGUCGAUUGAUGAUAUACAAGGAGUGCAAUCUCUCUAUGGAUCAAACCCUAAUUUUACAUUUGGUUCUUUGCUGGAAUCUGAUACUUCAGCUAACCGAGCCAUUGGUUUGAGAUUAGAACCAUCGUUCUGGGCCAUGUUCAUGUUCUUGGCAGCUUCUUUCUUCUGCAUAUAAUCCCCCUUUUUUCUGCAUUUUUAAAUUUAGGUGGUGGUUGGCUUUCGAUCUUGUGAUUCGUAUUCCAUAGUAGAAGCUAGGCUUAA